AUGACCGCUGUGCCGAACCGAUGUCCCCGGGACUUUGCGCAAGUGGUUGGUGUUGGGCCAUCCGCUGCGUUGGAGUGUUCGAUGUUUCCGCAGCUGGAGUACAGGAAAUUCCCAAGCCAGCAGGAUGACAACAUACCAACACGGGCAGGUGACGUUGGAAAGUUGGAGUCCACCACGAAUCCAGCUCUCCAUGCAACCCCAGUGAAAUUCGCCUGCACACUCUGCACAAUUAAGAUAGGCCGUAUCAUCAGAGUCAUGCUCCAGGCAGAUACUGCAAUCUACAUCGGAGAUCUGGCGGCCCUUACGGAACGUGCGAAGCGUCACCGCAUGAACUCGACCAUUCUCCGGCUGAGAGAUGGCCACAGAAGCCAGCCGGGAAGUUGA